AUGGAGCCAGAAAAGCCAACCUCAGCGGGGCUGGAACUAGUGCGGGAUAAGGAGGGCAACGACAAGGGCUGUUGCCCUCAUGUGCAGAGGGAACAAAUGUUUGACAACAGCUCCAUGAAUGAGUUCCUCCUCCUGGCAUUUGCAGACACACGGGAGCUGCAGCUCUUGCACUUCUGGCUCUUCCUGGGCAUCUACCUGGCUGCUCUCCUGGCCAAUGGCCUCAUCAUCACUGCCAUAGCCUGCGACCACCACCUCCACACUCCCAUGUACUUCUUCCUCCUCAACCUCUCCCUCCUCGACCUGGGCACCAUCUCCACCACUCUCCCUAAAGCCAUGGCCAAUUCCCUCUGGGACACCAGGGCCAUCUCCUACACAGGAUGUGCUGCUCAGGUCUUUCUCUUUGUCUUCCUGCUUGGAGCUGAGUACGCCCUUCUCACUGUCAUGGCCUAUGACCGCUAUGUUGCCAUCUGCCAACCCCUGCACUACGGGACCCUCCUGGGCAGCAGAGCUUGUGUCCACAUGGCAGCAGCUGCCUGGGGCAGUGGGUUUCUCACUGCUGUGCUGCACACGGCCAAUACAUUUUCUAUACCACUCUGCCAGGGCAAUGCCCUGGACCAGUUCUUCUGUGAAAUCCCUCAGAUCCUCAAGCUCUCCUGCUCAGACUCAGACUGCCUCAGGGAGGCUGGGCUUAUUGUACUUAGUGUCUGUUUAUACAUUGUCUAUUUUAUUUUCAUUGUGCUGUCCUAUGUGCAGAUCUUCAGGGCCGUGCUGAGGAUCCCCUCUGAGCAGGGACAGCACAAAGCCUUUUCCAUGUGCCUCCCUCACCUCGCUGUGGUCUCACUGUUCAUCAGCACCUCAUUGUUUGCAUACCUGAAGCCCAGCUCUAUCUCCUCCCCAUCCCUGGACCUGGUGGUGGCAGUUCUGUACUCGGUGGUGCCUCCAGCAGUGAACCCCCUCAUCUACAGCAUGAGGAACCAGGAGCUCAGGGAUGCCCUGAGGCCACUAAUCCAAUGGACCUUGCCCCACCAACAGUAA